CUCUGGCAGGCGCCUCACCUCACCGUGUUUAUCAUGGCUCAGCUGAUCGAGUCAAAGUCCGAUCUCUGAGCCCAUCCUCUGUUUCCUCUCUCAUGAAGGGACAAUGGAGCACAAUAAUAUAGACGCGUGCAUAGAAGAAUGGGAAACACUCAGUGAAGAAUACAAAGCACUAGAGAAAGUCCACAAAGAAUAUCGCCAGAAAUUAGAAGAACUCACGGAUAUUCAACAGAAAUGUAUCAAAGGGAUAGCUCAUCAACGUUAUCGCAUUAAUAUAAUCAAGCAGUCUUUAAAGAGAGACACGGCCAUAGAAGAUUCACCAAGAUUAGACCAUAAAGAUGAUCCAGACAAUGAGGAAAGGAACAAGCUCUUGCAGACAGACCUCAUUCGCCGAAAGGCCCAGCUCUAUGACAUGGAGAACAAUAUCCCAAAGCCAAGUGGUCUCUACUUGAAGAUUAUCCUGGGAAAUAUCAAUGUCUCUAUUCUGAAUAAAGAUGACAAGUACAGAUAUAAGGAUGAAUAUGAGAAGUUUAAGUUGGUUAUUAACCUUGUGGCUUUUGCCAUUUCAACAUUUAAUAUUAUCACAAAUUUCAGGACAGCUGACCUCAUCCAUAUGUUCCUUUUAGUGUGGUAUUACUGUACCCUUACAAUCCGUGAGAGUAUACUCAAGCAUGUGGAGCUUUUUGUAUUUAACAAAGUCCACAAAAACCUACAAGAGGUUCAGAUGAUAUCAAAAAGAAAGAAUAAUAAUAACAAUGCUCUUUUUGCAGGUUUUGUCCAGUACCUGCAGUUUAUGUAUCAACGUGGAUGCCUUUAUCGUCUUAAGGCGCUUGGGGAGCGUCACAAUAUGGAUAUUACAAUCGAAGGAUUUCACUCCUGGAUGUGGCGUGGGCUGGGGUUCAUUCUACCCUUCCUCUUUGUUGGUUACUUUUGGGAACUUUACAAUGCAUAUACCUUAUAUCUGCUCUCCUUCACUGAUAAUGCUGAGUGGCAUGUAUCAACUCUUGCAGUCUUAUUUCUUGUAUUAUUCCUGGGCAACACACUUACUACCAUUUCCAUCAUACCCCAGAAGAUUAAAGAACGAAUGAAGUUGAAAUAUCGUUUCACACGCCUGGACAAGUAUAUCUGGACACAUAAAAAGCAGAAAGUCUCAUUCAGAAAUCCUGAGUCCCCCCAGAGGCGAACACCAGCUGCUCGAGCUGCAUCCUUCAACAGGAAGAAGACAGAAGUCAGAGAAGAAGAAGAAAAUGUCUCCAAGUGUCAAGAACAGCAGGCAAAUUCCAUUGUGACAGACCCCAAAGUUUCCAAAGAUGUAGAAGAUCAAAAUUCUGAAGCCCAGCAGUUCAAUGACAUGUUGGACGAGUUAACCAAAGACAUAGAUUUCGUGGAGGUUGAUAAAGAGAAUGAAGAGGAACCUGAGGAAGAUGACCUUGAUGACCAAGCGACUGAUGAAGCUCAUAAUGUAAAAGAAGAAGUUGAAACAGUCAGUGAAGUUUCUGAUGAAACAAAGAAAGAUAAAUAGAUGAUUAAUUUGGAAGAGAAAAGUUUAUAUUUGAUAAUAAAAUCAAAACAAAGCACACAGCCAUAAUGUACCCACCUUCCAAACUCUUAUUUAAUAAGAAGCACAUUUCCAUAUUUUUUUGGAUGGAUGAAGUAAGCUAUAUUUCUAAAGUAUAAAAUAUGUAAAAAAAAAAAAAAAAAAAAAAAAAAAAAAAAAAAAAAAAAAAAAAAAAAAAAAAUAUUUUUGCUGUUACCUUCCCAAAUAACGUAAAGAGUAAGAUGUUUAUGGAUUGAAUAGACCUGUCAGAAAUACCAUGAGCAGUGGUAAGGAUUCAUAUGUAAGGUAUGUUAAUUAAGGCCUUAAGAAAUUAGAAUGAAUUAAGUAACCUCACAGUAUGGAAUGCUAAGGACUGAACAAUUUGCCAGAAAAGAAGUGUGUGUGUCUAUAACCCUUUCUCAAAGUACGGAAAAUUAAAAAACAAAACAUCUCUUUCUCACUUUUCUUCUUUAUCUUCUUUAUUAUUUUCUCAUUUAUUUUACAUACUGGUACUUCUCUUUUCAGACGUCUUGCCAUUAUACUUAAUUUUAAAGGUGUGUCACACAGUUAUACAAGUGACACCUUAUUUUCCCACACAAUCCUCAGGUAAUUGCAUGAUUGUUUCUUGCAAUAUGUGCUUGUCUGUAUCAUUUAUUACUACUAAUGUCUACUGUGAUACAACAAAAUGAGAGUGGGGGCAAUAGACUAGAUUUUGAGAGUUGAUGGUGUAAUAAGAUGCAAAUGUAAGUAGGGUAGUUUUACUUUACUUUCUUUCUGCAGAGUAGACCUAUCAUUAGGGAAGGAUUAAGCUUUGUGAUUGGACAGUUGGAGCACUCUCUAGUAUUUAUUUUCUGAAUGUCAUUUCCAUAAAUCAUAGUUUCGGUCAAAGUAAUUGCAAUGACACAUAGCUUCCAUUUAAGUGAUUUUAUUUAGACAAGAAAAAAACUGGAUGCCAUUUGUUUUUAUUUGGUAAAUUUUUAUUUAGAACCAUAGACAAGUUAAUUAUAUCCUCAAAAUCUGAAAAGAGAUAACAGAGCAAGGAAAGAAACUUUUGUAGGAGGAAUUGUUGGGUGUACACAAAUAUCUUACAGAGGCUGAUGACACAAACUUCCAUCUGUGAAUCAUGCCUCCACCCCAUAUAGUUUUUCAGUAACCAAAGAAAAUCUCUGAGUUUCUAGUGCUGAUUUAUAAAUGCAUUAAAAAUAAGGAUCAUUAAUGGACUGGUUUUACUUUUGCACCAAUAAAUAAUGUCUUGUUUCCCUUUAUGUGUAAGGGUUUGUUUGUAGUUGUAUGUAUAUAUGUGUCAUAUUCUGGUGUAAAUAAUGAUUACAGCUUGCAAUGUUUUGUAUUUCUGGGAAGUUAUUAAAUAUAUACAGAAUA